AUGUCAACAGAAAACGCACUCUUGAAACGGCUGAAGAAUGGCGGAAAUCUGGUGGUGGCGGAGGGAUACAUUUUCGAGUUCGAGCGAAAAGGUUACCUUCAGGCGGGCACUUUCGUGCCGGAAGUGACUAUCGAGCACCCGGAACUGGUCAUGCAGAUGUACGAGGAGUUUGUACAUGCCGGAAGUGACGUCGUUCUAGCAUUUACGUACUACGCCCACCGGGAGAAAUUGCGGUUGAUUGGGCGCGAGAAUGAGUUGGAGGCUAUGAACCGCGCAGCCCUGCAGAUGGCGCGGCAAGUGGCGGACAAACAUGGCUGCCUUAUGGCCGGCAACAUCUCCAACACCACCGCAUACAUUCCAGAUGACCCGGAGUCACAUGCUAAGGUCGAACAGAUAUUCAAGGAGCAAGUUGUUAUAGCGGCAGAGGGUGGGGCGGACUAUAUUGUUGGGGAAACGUUUAGCCACUUCGGGGAGGCCAGUAUAGCUCUUCAAGCCAUCCUAAAGUAUGGCAAAGGUCUGCCGGCCGUGAUCACGCUAUCUCCCCCGGCCACCGACACUAUGAUAGACGGGGUAACGCUUGCAGACGCCUGCAAGCGCCUGGAGGAUGCAGGGGCCGCCGUGGUCGGGCUCAAUUGCGGCCGCGGCCCUGAAACAAUGCUUCCGGCUAUCAGGGAGAUCAUGAAAGUUUGCAAGGGUCCCGUCGCAGCCCUUCCGGUGACCUAUAGGACCACCCCACAGGAGCCGACGUUUUUCUCGCUAACAAUACCCGGCACAAAAAGUCGUGCGUUUCCUUUGGAGCUUUGCACAUGCCUGUGUGGGAGAUGUCACAUUGAAGAGUUUGCCAAUCAGUGCCGUGAGAUGGGGGUUCAAUACGUCGGGCUCUGCUGCGGAAACUCGGCAAACAUGACGCGCAUCGUCGCCCAGGGUUAUGGACGGACACCACCGGCAGCCCGGUACGCGCCAGCCAUGGAAAAACACUUCAUCUUUGGCGACAAGACCAAGUUCAAGGACACGUACACAGAGGGAGUCCGUGCGCAUGUCGGAGGAGACUUUGAUUGA